CGCAGCUCCCCGCGGCCUCCCCGCCGCCGCUCUCGCCCGGGCCGGCCAUGGCGCUCAACAAUUUCCUUUUCGCGCAAUGCGCCUGCUACUUCUUGGCCUUCCUGUUCAGCUUCGUGGUGGUGGUCCCGCUGUCCGAGAAUGGCCACGACUUCCGCGGCCGCUGCCUGCUCUUCACCGAGGGCAUGUGGCUGAGCGCCAACCUCACGGUGCAGGAGCGCGAGCGCUUCACGGUGCAGGAGUGGGGCCCGCCCGCCGCCUGCCGCUUCAGCCUGCUCGCCAGCCUCCUGUCUCUGCUGCUGGCCGCCGCGCACGCCUGGCGCACGCUCUUCUUCCUCUGCAAGGGACACGAGGGCUCCUUCUUCUCCGCCUUCCUGAACCUCCUGGUCAGCGCCUUCGUGGUCUUCGUGGUCUUCAUUGCCAGCACCAUCGUGAGUGUGGGCUUCACCAUGUGGUGCGACACCAUCACCGAGAAGGGCACCGUGCCCCACAGUUGUGAAGAGCUCCAGGACAUCGACUUGGAGCUGGGCGUGGACAACUCUGCCUUCUAUGAUCAGUUUGCAAUUGCCCAGUUUGGCCUGUGGGCCUCAUGGCUGGCCUGGCUGGCCAUCACCACGCUGGCCUUCCUGAAGGUCUACCACAACUACCGUCAGGAGGACCUGCUGGACAGCCUGAUCCACGAGAAGGAGCUGCUGCUGGCCCGGCCGUCCCCACGCACCUCCUUCCAAGAGGAGAAGAGCGCCGUCAUUUAGGCACAGCGCAGGCAGGGGGAGCUGGCCCCUGACCUCCCUGCUGCGCUUGGGGGCACGGGCCUGCCUGGGGAAGCAGCUGGGGGGCUCUGCCUGGGCCCUGACCACAUGCAGCCCUGCGUGUGUCCCCUCGACACCACGUGUAGUGAGGUGAGCGCCCCAGUGCCCACCUGUGAGCCUAGCAGUGGACUGGGUGAGUGCCGGCUCCCUGAUGAGGAUGGUGCAGAGAGACUAUGGGUGUGGGGCGGAGGAGGGGGGCACCUCCAGGCCUCACACAGGGCCCCAUGGCUGUCCCAGUAGGACCUGACUGGCCAGCCUAUGUGGAGGGCAUCCAGAUUAUCUCCCCCAACCCUGGCCGGAUGCUGUCUCCAUGCCAGCUGGCCCAGGGGUGGCCAGACGUCACUCAGCCCUGAACGAAUUCUGCAUGAAUUCUGCCAUCCAGGCAGAGGCUACGUGUGGGGAGGAGCUCACGGCGCCUUCCAGCCUCUGGCCCCAGGUUGGCCCCCUUCCCAGCUGAGUCCCCCUCCUGGAUGGGUGCCAUAGGACUGGGAGACCCUGUGGCCAGGCUCAGGGAGGCUUCUGAGGCCUGUGAGCUCACCCCACUGUGUGUGGGUCCUGUCUGUGCUUCGCUGAGGGUCAGGAACAUGGUCAUCUGGGCUCCACAGAGUCGGGGGUAUCAUCUGGUUGGGGAUUUUGGGGGCACACGUACAACACAGAGGAUUGGGCCAGGAGCCAUGGCAGGGGUCUGUGUGUGGGUGAGUAUGGGAGGAUGUGAUUGUGAGUGCCUUUGUGCAUGGGAGGGUGUGAUUGUGUAUGUGAGAGAUGUGACUGAGUGUGCAUGUGCAGGUGUGACUGAGUGCAUGUGAGAGUGUGUGCAUGUGAGGGUGUGACUGUGUGCAUGUGAGAGUGACUGUGCAUGUGAGGGUGUGACUGAGUGUGCAUGUGCAGGUGUGACUGAGUGCAUGUGAGAGUGACUGUGGGCAUGUGAGGGUGUGACAGAGUGUGCAUGUGAGGGUGUGACUGUGCAUGUGAGGGUGUGACUGAGUGUGCAUGUGAGGGUGUGAGUGUGCAUGUGAGGGUGUGACUGUGCAUGUGAGGGUGUGACUGAGUGUGCAUGUGAAGGUGUGACUGAGUGUGCAUGUGAGGGUGUGACUGUGCAUGUGAGGGUGUGACUGAGUGUGCAUGUGAGGGUGUGACAGAGUGUGCAUGUGAGGGUGUGACUGUGCAUGUGAGGGUGUGACUUGAGUGUGCAUGUGAAGGUGUGACUGUGUGCAUGUGAGGGUGUGACUGAGUGUGCAUGUGAAGGUGUGACUGAGUGUGCAUGUGAGGGUGUGACUGUGCAUGUGAGGGUGUGACUGAGUGUGCAUGUGAGGGUGUGACUGAGUGUGCAUGUGAGGGUGUGACUGUGUGCAUGUGAGGGUGUGACUGAGUGUGCAUGUGAAGGUGUGACUGAGUGUGCAUGUGAGGGUGUGACUGAGUGUGCAUGUGAGGGUGUGACUGAGUGUGCAUGUAAGGGUGUGAGUGUGCAUGUGAAGGUGUGACUGACUCUGCAUGUGAAGGUGUGACUGCAUGUGAGGGUGUGACUGAGUGUGCAUGUGAGGGUGUGAGUGUGCAUGUGA